AUGGCCGCUCCAGCGAGGAUGUUCCCAGUUGCCCUGUGGACACCGACUCCGACUCCCUGGCCGGGAGGGAACAGCACGGCCGCAGAGGAGGCGAAGUGCGUCUUCAACGAGGAGUUCAAGUUCAUCCUGCUGCCCAUCUCCUACGGCAUCGUCCUGGUGGUGGGGCUGCCCCUCAACACCUGGGCCAUCUGGAUUUUCGUCUCCAGGAUGAGGCCCUGGAACGCCACCACCACCUACAUGUUCAACCUGGCCGUCUCCGACACGCUCUACGUCCUCUCCCUCCCCACCCUGGUCUACUACUACGCCGACCGCAACAACUGGCCCUUCGGGAAGGCGCUCUGCAAGAUCGUGCGCUUCCUCUUCUACGCCAACCUCUACAGCAGCAUCCUCUUCCUGACCUGCAUCAGCGUGCACCGCUACCUGGGCAUCUGCCACCCCAUCCGCUCCCUCAAGUGGGUGAAGACCAAGCACGCGCGCCUCAUCUGCGUGGGCGCCUGGCUCGUCGUCACCAUCUGCCUCAUCCCCAACCUCAUCUUCGUCACCACGAGCUCCAAGGACAACAGCACCCUGUGCCACGACACCACCAAGCCCGAGGAGUUCGACCACUACGUGCACUACAGCUCCUCCGUCAUGGCCCUCCUCUUCGGCGUCCCCUUCCUGGUGAUCGUCGUGUGCUACUGCCUGAUGGCCAAGCGGCUCUGCAAGCCCAGCUUCUCCAGCCCCGGCCCCCGCGUGCCCUCCUUCAAGCAGCGCUCCAUCAAGAUGAUCAUCAUCGUCCUCACCGUCUUUGCCAUCUGCUUCGUGCCCUUCCACAUCACCCGCACCCUCUACUACACCUCCCGCUACUUCCAAGCCGACUGCCAGACCCUCAACAUCAUCAACUUCACCUACAAGAUCACGCGGCCCCUGGCCAGCAUCAACAGCUGCCUGGACCCCAUUUUGUACUUCAUGGCGGGGGACAAGUACCGGGGACGGCUGCGCCGGGGGGCAGCCCAGCGCCCCCAGCCCGCGCCCACCUCCCUCCUGGCCCUGGUGUCCCCCUCGGUGGAGAGCAGCGUGGUGGGCAGCUGCUGCACCAGUGACCCCCGAGGGAUGGGGACGGCGCGGAGCGGAGGCGGGCGGUGA